GAUCAAGACUACUCUCGGACCUGCCCUGCACGAGUCCGGACUGGGAAAGGUCAAACUGUACGUGGGAGAUGACAACAGAGACAAGAUUGACUACUCCAAGAAGAUACUAAAUGACCCCGAGGCCGCCAGGUAUAUCACAGGUAUGGCCUUGCACUGGUACAAGGAUGGCGAGGUCUCCCCACAUGUACUCUGUCACGCACAUCUCCUCUACCCCGACAAGGACAUCAUCUACUCGGAAUCCUGCAUCGAACCCCGGGGCCCAGCACACAUCCCCGUCAUCUUGGGCUCCUGGGAAAGGGCUGAACGCUACGCCAAGAACAUUAUCGAGGAUGUGAACCACUUCUCUUCUGGGUGGAUUGACUGGAACCUGUGCCUUGAUAUGUCAGGUGGACCAAAUUGGGCAGGUAACCAUGUGGACUCACCUGUAAUCAUCAACCAGGAGCGGGAUGAGUUCUACCUGCAGCCCAUGUUCUUUAUAAUGGGGCACUUCAGUAAGUUCGUCCCGCCGGGCAGCGUGGCAGUACCGUCUUGGGUAAGGGAAUGGAGCCCAGACCAAGACCAAGGCACCCUACGCACCGCCGCCUUCAUACACCCCGAGGGAAAUAUCGUACUUCAGCUGCUCAACAUCGGCGACGAGGAGAUGGAGGUAAAAGUGGAGUGGGGGAGAGGCACUUUCCUCCACACCUCCAUCCCUCCCCGCGCCCUGCAGACCCUCCUCCUCCCCGGGGGCGCCCACGAAGACCAUGGAAAGGCGAAAUACCUCUCAACCCCCGAUGAUCACUGCGUGGAUAAUAAGUGUAAUUGAGCUUCGUGGAUCUUGCUGGGUUUCGAACGCUGGCCCGUGGAUUAGAAGGUAGACGGACGAACCACUGCGCCAAGGAAGCGAAUUUUUUUUUUAUUGUUAUUUAUAUGCAUUUUUCAUGUUAUAUUUUGCUUGUUUUUCGUUGUCAUUGAAUUUUAUUAUUUUUUAUUAUUUUUUUUAUUUUGUUAUAAUUGUUUUACUUGUAUUAAUGUUGAAAAAUGUUGAGUAAUUUGAGUUUGUGAAGAAAAAAAUGUAUAGAUAUUUUGUUUAUAUAUAUAUACGUAAUUAUUUUAAACUAUAUUUCAAAUUUACUUAAAGAUGAGAAUAUAAUAGAAAAAAAAUAUAUAAAAUGGAUGAGAAACUACUACAACUUUUACUACUACUACUACUACUACUACUACUACUACUACUACUACUACUACUGACACACACACACACACACACACACACACACACACACAUUCUCCUUGUUCUUAAUUCUUCGACCUAUAGUUUAUUUUUAGCGAAGGUCUUGCGUAGAAACUGUAGCGGCGCAAUACAUAUAUAUUAAACUCUCUCUCUCUCUCUCUCUCUCUCUCUCUCUCUCUCUCUCUCUCUCUCUCUCUCUCUCUCUCAGUCAGAAGAGAAAGAAAGAAUACAUAUGAAAGAAAGGAGAAAAAUUAACAGAAUGAAGAAGGGAAUAGAGAAAAUAUGAAAGGAUAAAGAAAGGAAGCAAAAGAAAGAGAAAAACAGUAAAAUAUUAAACGUUUAAAUCAAUAUUAGCAAGUUAAAUUAAAUACUAAAUAGCCUACCAACUAUAUUCUGUAUCUAAUAUUAUCUACAAAAAUAACGAUAUAUAGCAUUAAAUAGCCUUACUAAUGACUGUUUUAUAUCACUAAGAGGCUACAGUGCAUAAUUAACACGGAUAUUAAUGGAGGAAAACGUAAAAUUAAUUGAAAUAUAUAUGAUGGGUGGUUUUAAGAGGUUCAAAUCUCCCGCCUCCGCGCUGGCCAAUCAGAGCGCGAGUUUCGUCACCCUUACGACACUCCAGCCAAUCAGCUUCCGCCAUUUAAUCACUUAGGGAGAUGAGUGUUGAUAAAUUUUGUUGAGUCACCCCUCAAGAUAUUUUUAUAACAUGGAUGAGUCUCCAUUUUGUCCUUAUUUAUCCUCUGAACUGCUGAGUAAUAGGAGUUAUGCAUUUACUUAUAUACGAAGUCAUCUAUUUUGUGUUUAUUAUAUGUUUUAUACUUAUUAAGGUAUAUAAUAUGUGUUAAGAGGGAUUAAUCGCUCCCCAAUUAAUAGUUAUUUUGAUGGGAUAAUUAAAACAGUGAAAUAUAUUUGAGUUACCCUUCGAAAAAUUA